UACAUUGCCUAACAGCCACUUGUUCAUCCUGCCUGUGUAUUAGCUUGAGUCCAAAGAUGCCUCAGUUAUUGCGAAACAUUAAUGGGAUCAUCGAAGCCUUCAGGCGCUACGCCAGGACCGAGGUCAGCUGCACUGUGCUCACCCAGGGGGAGCUGAAAAGGCUCCUGGAACAUGAGUUUGCUGAUGUCAUUGUGGAACUCCACGAUCCUGCCACUGUGGAUGAAGUCCUGCACCUGCUGGAUGAAGAUGAUACAGGGACUGUGGAAUUCAAGGAAUUCCUGGUCCUGGUGUUUAAAGUUGCCCAAGCCUGUUUCAAGACAAUGAGCGAGAGUCCUGCAGGGGCUUGUGGAUCUCAAGAGUGUAGAAGCCUUCCCACUGGGGCCUCACAAGAGCUGGGGAAAGAACAGAGCAGGAGAGCUGAAGUGGAGCAGGCUAGGGAAGGACAGCAUCAAGAGGGGAGCCAAUGUGGACAGAGCACUCAGGCCUCCAGAGGACAGGCAGGGAUUGGGGCUCAGACCCAUGGUCAGGAUCUUGACCAGGACAGGCAGUCUGAAUCUCAGAGACAAGAGAGAGAGAGUCAGCAGACACAAGCUGGGGGACAUGUGCAGCAGACCCAGAGAGUGGGAGAAGCCAAGAGUCACCAGACCAGACAGAGGGAGUCAGAGAGACAGUCACAGACCAGGAAACAGGACAGAACACACCAGACAAGUGACCCAGUGAUUGGAACUGGAACUCAGACACAGAGAGAUGCAACCCAGACUGUGGAGCAGGACAGGAGCCAUCAGAUAGGAAGCCCUGGCACACAGCCACAGGAGUCCACCCAUGGCCAGACCAGAGGGACUGAGGUCCAUGGUCAAGACAGGAGCCAGACAAGCCAGAUAGUGACAGGAGAACAUGUUCAGACACCAGGAGGAGAACAUGUUCAGACACUGGGAGGUGCUGCCCAGGCCAUGGAGCAGGACAGGAGCCGUCCGAUAGGAAGCCCGGGCACACAGCCACAGGAGUCCACCCAUGGCCAGACCAGAGGGACCGAGGUCCAGGGUCAAGACCGGUACCAAACAAGUGAAGUGGUGACAGGAGAACACAUUCAGACACAAGCAGGGUCACAAACCCAGACACACACCCAGACCAUGGAGCAGGACAGAAGCCAGACUGCAAGUCACAUAGGGGAUAGAGAUGAGGGACAGACCCAGAGGCAGUCAGGCAGUGGUCAAAGAUGGACACAAGUGAGCCUCUAUGAGGCAGGAGAGAGAAAGCUGGGAGGACAGACCCAGGCUGGGUCAAGCACUCUGACAGGCAGACAGGACUGGAGCAGCACUCACCCAAGGUGUACCGUGACAGGUGGGCAGGGAGAGAGAGAACCCACAGUGGUUACCCAGGAGUGGGUGGAUGACCACACAAGGGAGAUGGUGAUCCCAAUGCAGAACCAGGGCAGCCUGCACACUGGCAUGCCUUCAGCCCAGGGCCAGGAGGCAGCCCAGCCAGAAGGGAAGCAAGGCCUCACAGCCAGGGGGCUAUAUUCCUACUUCAAGAGCAACAUGCUGUGA